CUAACUACACUAACAUUGAGCUAAAAUGGCAUUUGCUAUGUUCUCAUUAGUAGUGCAGAUUGUUUUUCUUACUAUUUGGUUCCUUAGCUUACUUUGCUAUGGCUUCACAUCCCAUGAUUACUCUGAUGCUCUCGAAAAAUCAAUAAUUUUCUUCGAGGGGCAGAGGUCGGGAAAACUGCCUCCUAACCAGGGGAUGACAUGGAGGGGUGAUUCCGGACUGUCAGAUGGUUCUGGCUACCAUGUGGAUUUAGUAGGAGGGUAUUAUGAUGCUGGAGAUAAUGUCAAGUUUGGGCUUCCCAUGGCCUUCACAACCACAAUGUUGGCAUGGAGUGUCAUUGAAUUUGGGAGCUCUAUGGGGAGCCAGAUUGAGAACGCAAAAGAUGCUGUUCGUUGGGGCACCGAUUACCUUCUCAAAGCAGCUACUGCCACUCCCGGGACCUUAUAUGUCCAAGUUGGAGAUCCUAAUAAUGAUCACAAGUGCUGGGAAAGACCAGAAGACAUGGACACACAGCGUAAUGUGUACAAGGUAACAACUCAAAAUCCGGGGUCUGAUGUAGCAGCAGAGACAGCGGCCGCAUUGGCUGCGGCUUCAAUAAUCUUCAAAGAAUCCGACCCUUCUUAUUCUGAUAAAUUGCUUAAAACUGCCGUGAAGGUAUUCGACUUUGCAGACAAGUACCGAGGUUCUUAUAGUGACUCUUUAAACUCGGCAGUCUGCCCAUUUUAUUGCUCUUAUUCAGGAUACCAAGAUGAGCUUCUUUGGGGUGCAUCAUGGAUUUAUCGAGCCUCACAGAACAGCUUGUACUUAACAUACAUCCAAUCCAAUGGCCGAACCAUGGGAUCAGAAGACGAUGACUACUCCUUCAGUUGGGAUGACAAGAGAGCUGGAACCAAAGUCCUCCUUUCCCAUGAAUUCUUAACAAAAGACACACAAGAAUUUCAAGUAUACAAGGGGCAUUCAGACAACUACAUCUGCUCUUUAGUUCCAGGAACAUCUAAUUUUCAGGACCAGUAUACACCAGGAGGACUUCUAUACAAGGCAAGUGCAAGCAAUCUUCAGUAUGUAACCACCACAACUUUCCUCCUCUUGACAUACGCUAACUACCUCAGCGCAAACAGAGGAGUUGCAACAUGUGGGACUUCAACCAUACCUCCAGAAAAGCUCAUAGCACAGGCAAAGAAGCAAGUGGACUAUAUUUUAGGUGAUAAUCCUGAAAAGAUGUCUUACAUGGUGGGGUUCGGUGAGAAGUACCCGCAGCAUGUUCACCACAGGGGCUCGUCUGUGCCCUCCAUUCACCAGCAUCCUGAUCACAUUUCCUGCAAUGAUGGGUUUCAGUACUUGUAUUCUAGUUCACCCAACCCGAAUGUGCUGGUCGGAGCCAUUGUUGGUGGUCCAGAUAACAAGGACAAUUUUGCUGAUGAUAGGAACAAUUAUCAGCAGUCCGAGCCUACCACAUAUAUCAAUGCGCCCUUUGUUGGUGCUCUAGCUUUCUUCUCGAAAAAUGUCAGUCCAAAUUAGAGGAUAUAACCAUUUUCAAAGAAGUGGAAAUAUUCUCAUGUUGGACCUGCAAUAGAAUUUAGCAGCAUCGUAGAUAGUUUGCCUAGGUCAUGUUAUUAGAUGUGAUAUCACACGUCCGCAAAUGAACACUAAGUACCCAGCAUAGAUGCUUAAAGGGUCUAUUCAAAUGCCGUCUGAUGUGAAAAACUCUUCUAAGAUUAAGGUUUGGGUCGUAAGUUUGAAAUUUCU